AUGGCCCUUCCUUCCAGUCUCCAGGACUUCAUUCCCCACUUCCAUCUGAGGCUACAUCCUCACGGCCUUUUCUAUGCCACCUCCUGCCGGCGUUCUCGCACAGAAUCUUCUGGGAAGACUCCCACUUUACGGUCCGCUCUCCGUCCUGUCUUACCCACACCAAAAUCGCCCUUCGUGGUCUGUUCACAGCUUCGAAGGUUGCUCCAGCAUCCGCCUGGGAAGUGUCCCGGCUGUAGCCACUCCCCGGCCCCGAAGCCUUCACAUCUGCAGAGCGAAACAUCUUUCAACCUAAUAUCAGAAAAAUGUGACAUUCUAUCUAUUCUUCGGGAUCAUCCUGAAAACAGGAUUUACCAGAGGAAAAUCCAGGAACUCAGCAAAAGAUUCACCUCAAUCCGAAAGACCAAAGGAGACGGGAACUGCUUCUACAGGGCCUUGGGCUAUUCCUACCUGGAGUCUUUGCUGGGCAAGGGCAGAGAGAUCCUCAAGUUCAAAGAGCGUGUGCUACAGACCCCAAACGACCUUUUGGCUGCUGGCUUUGAGGAACAUAAGUUCAGAAACUUCUUUAAUGCUUUUUACAGUGUGGUAGAGCUGGUAGAGAAGGACAGCUCAGUGUCCAGCCUGCUGAAGGUGUUCAAUGACCAGAGCUCCUCGGAUCGAAUAGUGCAGUUCUUACGCCUCCUCACAUCAGCCUUCAUCAGGAACCGAGCUGACUUCUUCCGACAUUUCAUCGAUGAGGAGAUGGACAUCAAAGACUUCUGCACCCACGAAGUAGAGCCCAUGGCCAUGGAGUGUGACCAUGUACAGAUCACAGCCCUGUCGCAGGCACUGAACAUCGCUCUGCAGGUGGAGUAUGUGGAUGAGAUGGACACAGCUCUGAACCACCACGUGUUCCCCGAGGCUGCCACCCCUUCCGUUUAUCUGCUCUAUAAAACAUCCCACUACAACAUCCUUUAUGCAGCUGAAAAACACUGAUUAUUAGGCCAUGCCAGAGCCUGUCAUCUAAUGGACUGCACUCUGAAUGGAACAUUUCUGCCUUGGCAAUUUUUUAAGUGAUUUAGACAACUAAAAAACAUAUAGCCUUUUGGGUAAAGCCACUGAACUGAGACCUGUGCCCACUAUGGACUGUGAUGACUUAAUAGGAAUUUUAGUAUUUAUUUUGAUAGAUAUAUAAUGCCUGCUAACUCUGGAGCAGAAGGCCAGAAACCCUGUCUCUGUACCCAUUUACUUCAAGAACCUCGUUGGACCUA